CCCGCCCCCAGACGUAAUCCCGGGUUGCUGGGCAACGAUGCGGACGCCGCCGGCGGGGUCUGUGCCCCCUGGAGCAAGCCGAGCGUAGCUCUCACCUGCCGCCCUGGCAUCCUCCCGUCCCGCCCUCCUUCCUUCUUGCCGCCUCGCCUCGCGUCGCGGGAUCCCUACCCUUGGCAUUACUUACGUCCCUCCGGCUGCCGCGACACCUUCGCGCCCACCUGCUUCAAAGCCCAGCUCCACCGGAAGCGAGGUGGUUCGACCCUGGACAUGGCCUCCGCGAUGACGGACCGCACCGGUCGGGCCAUAAGCACCUACACCUACACCAGCCGGCCCCGCGCCCUGCCCCGCCAGCGCCGCCGUUACAGAGACAGUCUGCUGCAGCGAGAUGAAGAACCUGUCCAUUACGGAAACAUAAUGUAUGACAGAAGGGUGAUCCGAGGUAACACAUACGCGCUGCAGACGGGGCUGCUGCCUGAUCAGCCUGAUCCUGUAGACCUUCAAAGGCAGCAGCAGGCUAGGAGGAGGGUUCUGGCUAGAAGACGAGCUCAAGAGCAGCUCAGAGCACGCACGCCCGAACCCGUGGAAGGCAGAAAGCACAUGGACGUGCAGACAGAAUUGUACCUUGAAGAAAUUGCUGACCGCAUAAUAGAGGUUGAUAUGGAGUGCCAAACAGAUGCAUUUUUGGACAGACCAUCAACACCACUCUUUAUUCCUGCCAAAACUGGCAAAGAUGUGUCCACCCAAAUACUGGAAGGAGAGCUCUUUGACUUUGAUCUUGAAGUUAAACCAAUGUUAGAAGUUUUGGUGGGGAAGACGAUCGAGCAGUCUCUUCUGGAAGUAAUGGAAGAAGAGGAGUUGGCUAACCUGCGGUCCAGCCAGUAUGCGUAUGAAGAAAUCCGGAAUGUUGAACUUGCUGAAGUUCAGCGACUUGAAGAGCAAGAGAGACGACACCGUGAAGAAAAAGAACGUCGUAAGCAACAGCAGUGGGAAAUCGUGCAGAAGCAUAAGGAGACGUCACAAAAACUCGCCGCCCGUGCAUUUUCACAGCGUUACCUGGCUGACCUUCUCCCGUCUGUUUUUGACAGUCUCAGGAAUAGUGGCUACUUUUAUGAUCCCAUUGAAAGAGAUAUUGAGAUAGGAUUCCUUCCAUGGCUAAUGAAUGAAGUUGAAAAAGCCAUGGAAUACAGCAUGGUGGGAAGAACAGUGCUUGACAUGUUGAUUCGUGAGGUCAUUGAAAAGAGAUUAAAUAUGUAUGAGAGCAAGGAGAACAGAAAUCCUUCUCUGAACCCUGAGGAUGGUCCUGGAGCAGCAAGAGACCCACUGGGGACUUAUGGAUUCCUGGAGCAAAGCAUGUCGCAGACAGAGAGGCCGUUUUUAGACAGAGACCACCUACAAAGAACACCAUCCGAGGGAGGGCCAUCCCAAGAAAGGAAGCUGAUGGAGGAAGAAGAGCUCUUUGGGCAGGAUGAAGAAGCAGAGAUGGGGAAAUCCUCAGGGAAGGAAGAACUGUCACAAUCGAGAGGAGCUUGGGGGCCGUGAAACCAGUCAAGAGCCGAGUCAGCGACGCAAACGAUCAGGUACUGCUGCACAAGUCCCUGCAGACUGUAGAAAUUAGGCUGUAUUUAGUCAGCGUGUCUUUUUGUCUAAUGGACUGGGCAGAUCAAAUGUGAUAAACUAAUAA